AUGAUUACAGUGAAUUCAGAUGGGAAAAUAAUGGUCAGAAGAUGUCUCGUCACCUUGAGGCCUUUUAGGAUAUUUGUGGUUGGGAUUGGAUUUUUCACUCUCUGCUUCUUAAUGACAUCACUGGGAGGUCAGUUUUCAGCCAAAAGACUGGCGGACUCUCCAUUCACCAUCAGGACCGAAGUGAUGGGUGCUCUGGAGUCCAGAGGGGUGCUGCGAAAAAUGAGUGACAUGCUGGAGAUGAUGGUGAAGAGGAUGGAUGUGCUAGCCAGGCUGGAGAAUAGCACGGACUUCCGGAAAGGGGAGGAGACACAUUUUCCUAUGGACAGGUACCAUCCAGCAGUUGGCUUGAUGGAGAGAAUCCAGGCGAUUGCUCAGAACGUCUCGGACAUUGCAAUGAAGGUGGAUCAGAUUCUUCGCAACAGCCUCCUAAACGGAAAAUCAAUAGAAGGCAGACGGGACCAGUGUGAGGUGCCCAGGGAUGCCAAGUACCCUGACUGCUCUGGGAAAGUGGAGUGGAUGAGAGCCAGGUGGACAUCAGACCCCUGCUAUGCAUUCUUUGGUGUGGACGGCACAGAGUGCUCAUUCCUCAUCUACCUCAGCGAAGUCGAGUGGUUUUGCCCCGUGCUGCCUUGGCGAAAUCAGACAGCGGCUGCAUCUUCCACAAUGCCACCACCCAGAGCGCAGGCGUCUUUUCAGAGAGACCUCUCCUACCUUCUGGAGUUGAUUGGCAGUGGCAAAGAGUCUUUGAUCUUCAUGAAGAAAAGGAUUCGGCAUUUGGCCACGCAGUGGCUGAGGGCUUCACAUAAACUGGAGCAGAAGCUAGAAGACAAAAAGAGAGAUCAGAAACAGAUUUUGAUCCACAUUGGCUUCUUGACAGAAGAAUCAGGAGACGUUUUCAGCCCUCGCGUCUUAAAGGGAGGCCCCCUGGGGGAGAUGGUCCAAUGGGCAGAUAUUUUGGCAGUCCUUUUCAUUCUGGGCCAUAGCCUGAAAAUCACAGUCUCUUUGAAGGAGCUCCAGAGUAACUUAGGAGUGCCUCCUGGCCGGGGUAAUUGUCCCUUGACAGUCCCUUUGCCCUUUGACCUCAUUUACACAGACUACCAUGGGCUACAGCAGAUGAAGCAGCACAUGGGCCUCUCCUUCAAGAAAUACAGGUGCCGUGUUCGAGUGAUUGACACUUUUGGGACUGAGCCUGCAUACAACCAUGAGGAAUAUGCCACACUGCAUGGAUACCGGACAAACUGGGGCUAUUGGAAUCUGAACCCAAAGCAGUUCAUGACAAUGUUUCCUCAUACUCCUGACAAUUCCUUCAUGGGUUUUGUGUCUGAGGAGCUCAAUGAAACAGAGAAGCAAUUUAUUAAAUCCAACAAGGCUAACAACAUGGCAGUGGUAUAUGGGAAAGAAGCCAGCAUUUGGAAGCUGCAGGGCAAAGAGAAGUUUCUAGCCAUCCUGAACAAGUACAUGGAGAUCCACGGCACUGUUUAUUAUGAAACACAACGCCCCCCUGAAGUCCCAGCUUUUGUGAAGAAUCAUGGUCUCUUGCCACAGCAUGAGUUCCAACAACUCCUGAGAAAAGCCAAGCUCUUCAUUGGGUUUGGUUUCCCCUAUGAAGGCCCCGCCCCCUUGGAAGCAAUAGCCAAUGGGUGUGUUUUCCUGCAGGCUCGUUUCAACCCACCCCACAGUUCACUCAAUCAUGAAUUCUUCAGAGGGAAGCCUACAUCCAGAGAGGUUCCCUCCCAGCAUCCCUAUGCAGAGGAUUUUAUUGGGAAACCCCAUGUGUGGACAGUGGACUACAAUAAUUCAGAGGAAUUUGAAGCUGCUAUCAAAGUCAUUAUGAGGACUAAGGUUGAUCCUUACCUGCCCUAUGAAUACACCUCUGAAGGGAUGCUGGAGCGAAUUCAUGCCUACAUUCAGUACCAGGAUUUCUGUGCCACUGCUGCUAUGCCAGAGAAGUCCAGCAGCCACACUAUGCAAAGCUCAGCAAACCCCUUCAGCCUGCAGCCCAAUUCCACAUACCUGGCCUGGUCUCACAAUUCCAGCGGCAGCCCCUCUGCCUGGCCUCCAGUCAACUCCAUGCAGGUGUGGAUAUCAGACGCUGGGCAAGCCUGCACCACCACUUGUCAGCAGCAUGGUUUGGUCUGUGAGCCCGAGUUCUUCAAGUUCAUCAACAAGAAAGGAGUGUUUCAGCAGCUCAACAUUGUCUGUGACAGCACAGAGUCCGAGAUGAAUCACCUCUACCCAGCUGUGGCUGAAAAUGCCCAGGAGUGCUACCUCCAGAAGGAACCUCUCUUAUUCAGCUGUGCAGGAUGCAAUACCAAGUACCAGCGCCUCUGCCCCUGCCGCAAUUACCGCAAAGGACAAGUGGCACUGUGUGGGGACUGCUUGUGA